AAUCUCGUAAAUAUCUUGACAAAUGACAUCAUUCUAGCUCUGGUAACCAAACUUGGAGGAGACCUACUAGCAGCCAAAAUACAUAUUCAAAGAGAAAAAUGUGCUUUUCUAGAGACUAUCUUUGUUAACAAAAACAAACAAAAGCUUUACGCAUCAGAAGGAAUUA